GAUCCGCAUUACAACUGCUGGUGAAGUGUUGCCAUAACAGGCAAGUGGCUAACGCUAAUGUUUGCUAACUAAUUAGCAGGAUAGGUGUCGUUGUGUAUGUGAGUGUUCCAGUCUGAAUCAUGGAACAGUGUGCGUGUGUUGAGCGGGAGCUGGAGAAAGUGCUUCAUCGCUUCGUGAUGUACGGCCACCAGUCGGAGGAGAGGCUAGACGAACUCCUGCGCAGCGUGUGUGAGAUACGAGGACAACUAGUUGCUUUUGGAGUACAAGAUGCAGAUCUAUCAGUCCUAUCUCAGACUAUGGCACAGUGUUGUAAGAAUAUCAAAGAAACAGUGCAGAUGCUAGCAUCGCGACAUAAGGAUAUCCAUGGCAGUGUGUCAAAAGUGGGCAAAGCCAUUGACAGGAAUUUUGAUGCAGAGAUCAGUGCUGUGGUGGCAGAGACGGUGUGGGACACCCCUGAGAGACAGAAAUACCUGAGUGAGACGAUUGUGGAGCACCUGUACAGACAAGGGAUGCUGAGUGUAGCAGAGGAUCUUUGCCAGGAGUCUGGUGUAGUUAUAGAUAUGAGUAUGAAGCAGCCUUUCCUGGAGCUGAACAGAAUCCUUGAGGCUCUGAGGAUGCAGGACCUCAGACCGGCACUGGAGUGGGCCGUGACGAAUCGGCAGCGUCUCCUGGACCUGAACAGCAGUCUAGAGUUCAAGCUGCACCGCCUGUACUUCAUCAGCCUGCUCAGUGGAGGAAUCGGCAACCAAAUGGAGGCCCUGCAGUAUGCUCGGCACUUCCAGCCCUUCGCCUCCCAGCACCAGAGAGGAAGAGUCCCAUCUUCACCUUCAGACAUACAGAUCCUGAUGGGCAGCCUGGUGUACCUGCGUCAUGGCAUUGAUAACUCUCCGUACCGCAGCCUGCUGGAGACCAAUCAGUGGGCCGAGAUCUGUAACAUCUUCACCAGGGAUGCCUGCUCUUUACUGGGCCUCUCUGUAGAGUCUCCUCUCAGUGUUAGUUUUGCAUCAGGCUGUAUGGCCUUGCCUGUGCUGAUGAACAUCAAGCAGGUGAUAGAGCAGAGACAGUGCAGUGGAGUCUGGACGCACAAAGAUGAGCUGCCUAUUGAAAUUGACCUGGGGAAGAAGUGCUGGUACCACUCUGUGUUCGCCUGCCCAAUCCUCAGGCAGCAGACCUCAGAAAGCAACCCCCCCAUGAAGCUCAUCUGCGGCCACGUCAUCUCCAGAGAUGCCCUCAACAAACUGACUAACGCUGGGAAGUUGAAAUGUCCGUACUGCCCCAUGGAGCAGAACCCUUCACAUGCCAAGCAGAUCUACUUUUGAUAGCGCACACUUUCUUCACGAGUAAGGAUGACGUUCCCUGGAGCUCUUUGCAUUUCCAGGACCAUUUGCUCUGGCCCUUUUUCCUCUGUCCCUGGCCUCUUGGCCUGUUAUUGUAAGCAUUAAGGUUUUAUCCCAGUGCUCCUCUGGACAGCCUUGGACCCCCGUAACCCACCUCGGACCCUUCAACUUUGCUUAGUAUACAGAGUCCAGCGGGGAUGGUCCGUCUACAACCGGUUGUAAAGUGAGGAGUCUGUCAGUAAUGAGACCUCACGAAGAAGCACCUCUGGAAAAGGUUCAUUGAUUGAAACACAUUUGCAAAUGCCUGCAGAGUUAUAGGCUUAUCUUUUUAAAGUAAUAAUACUUUAUAGUGUUUGUUUUUUCAGCUUUAUCGACCGUUUGAGUUGGAUGACUGCUUCUUUUUUUCUUUCUCCUUUUUUUGUGACGGAAGCAGUUGAAUGAUAAUGAAUGGGUGCGUGUAGGUAAAUGGUAUAGAUAAGCCGUUUCUGAUUUCAGAAGGAUAAUUAACAUUAUUAUACAUGAGGAAGAAAGGCAGGAAAACAAACCGAGUUGAAGGAAUAUUAUUUGCUGGUGGAGGUCUCAUGAAUGGAACUCUGGAUUGUGACCCAUUAAUCCUCCAUAAUGUAAUAAAGGCCUCACUUAGCUUCAAAGUCACUUUGAGCUGAUGUUUCCGUUUGAUCAGUAAAACAUUUAACUCAUCAAAGGUGGAACAGCUUUCUUUUUCUUUUGUUUGCGACUUACGGCACCAGCAAGAUUUUCCUCAUUGUAGAAGCCAUGUGUCUUGUUCUAUGUAUGUAUUUAACAAACAGUGACAAAAAAGAAACAAAAAUAUAUACUACUGUGAAAUGUGCUUUGUUUCUAUUUUUCAUUGCAACCGCCACAACGGCUCAUGUAAAAUAAACUGAACAGCAACAUGCAUAAUCAACACUUCUGCGUAACUCAGAACUAGCGACUCUACGGUUCACAUCCCGUUGUGCCAUCGCCUCACUCUGCCCCACAUUGUGUAUCCUAAGCUUGCAAGCCAUGUGAUUUGGAGAUGUAAAAUGGUGUGACGGUAGCCGUAUGGUCUGACUUGCAGUGACUGUAGGCUUGUGAUUCAGCUUUACUCGUCGUGGGUGGGGAAGAAGUCCUCUGAUCAUUGUGGCUGUUGUUUAAUAUAUACUUAGAAAAUGCCUCUGCUGCGUAGCUUUUAUUUCAGAUGGAGUCAGAAUAGAAAAACAUUAAAAUCAAUGCAUUUCCUCAGGGCUCAUUGUAACAGUUCACACCACACCUUGCAGUUAGUAUUACAGUUGUACAUUAAUAUAAGGAGUCUUGAACAAAGAUGACACAUAUUUCACUGGUGGGGCUGAUAGUUUGGGUGAUGUUGGAGUUUGUAUAUAUUAUUCAGCUGGGGGGGGGGGAAGUGUGUCACGAGGUCCAAGGCAUUUGGAUGUACGAUACAGUUUGUUUUAGAUUAUCAAUACUAAUAGUGCAAGUUCCCCGUGUCUUCUUGAAAAAUGGUGAUGUCAACUCGCAUCAAAGUGAGGCUAAUUAGUUUUGCAUCGCACCAGCAUAACUCACACUGACAACGCAACAUUACACUCAUUCAGAGUUUAAUAUAAAUGAUUUUAGCGUUUGGUUUUUAUUUGGAAAAGGGUUAGAGCACAUGUGUUGUGUGGACUUUCACUGAAUUUCGUCUUUUUUUCUUUGGUUGACAAUCAUUCAUAGCUUCUUCGAGUGUUCCUUCAGAUAGACUGCUAGCGCUCCGUACCCCUGUCGUAUUAAUUUUGUUGAAUGUUUGCAUUUACUGCUUUUGUGUGUUAUGCAACUUUUAUUGUAAAUAUUUAUCCUCUAACAUGUUUCAUAUACUUGCAUCUGAAAUGAAAAUAAAAAUUUAUACUCCAAGUCA